AUGCGUCUCUUCGGCGGCAAGAACAACAAGAUCAAGGUCGACCCUCCCAAGAUCAGGAUCGAAAAGGUUGUCGUCGACCGACCUGCCCAGAAGCCUAAGCCUAAAUCCACCUCCGCACUCAGCGGCUCAGCAUCGCGCUCCUCCUCUUCCCACCGUCCCUCGCCGAAGCCACUGGCACGACAGGCUAGUCACUCGCCGUACCCCUCAUCCUCCGACGAGAAGCGACUCGAGCGUAAGCGCAAGGCACCCUCCGUCACCCGUCGAUCACCAGCAAGCGACCGUAUCGAGUUCGACAAAGACAGCGAUGGCGAAGACGAUGGAUGGAUGACUCUCGAUACCAAGAGACAACGCAAAGGCACCGAAGACGGCAGCUUUGUUGACCCCAACCGCAAACUGAGAAGCGUAAGAGCCUUUGAGGAUCGGAUGGACAGCCGAGGCUUCAUCCAUGCCGUAGACGUGGCCUCGCUUGAGCACAAGUGUGUGCCUGUGAUGGGCGCACAGAAAGAGGAUGUGGCUAUCCGACUACAAUAUCCCAGCUUACAGCCUCGAGAAAAGUAUGAGCUAGUAUGGGGAAAAGACAAGAUCGAUGCCGUGGAAGCCAGCAUCAAGGUGGUUCGCCACGUAGCCGAAACAUACCUCACCGAAGAGGAAGCAGAGCCUUUCACAAAUCCCAAUGGUGGCAUCAUUCGAAGACUGGAAAAGGCCUCCAACCGGAACAUCCAGGAUUUGAUGGGUUUCAAGGCAGCUCUGCGCGAAUACAACGAAAAGCUUCGUGCUCUAGUCGAGGACGGUGUAAUUGCCAAGAAUCUCGAUAAGAUGCAUGAGCUCCCUCAGCACCUUGUGGCUUUCAUUCUCGAUCAAAUUUAUGACCGAACAGUGGCUCUCAAAGUGGAACUUCUUUCAAAGUAUGAGAACGGAACCGACUAUGUCUAUGGCGAACUACUCCACCCCUUCAUUUCUAAAAUCUUGGUAGAGCAGACACGAAUGACCUCUGGUCAGGUCUUCGUUGAUCUUGGCUCGGGUGUUGGUAAUGUGGUUUUGCAAGCGGCCCUCGAGAUCGGUUGUGAGAGUUGGGGUUGCGAGAUGAUGGAGAACGCCUGCAACCUUGCUGAGGAGCAAAAGAAGGAAUUCGAUGCCCGAUGCAUGCUCUGGGGAGUUCGACCUGGCAAGGUUCACCUGGAACGGGGCGAUUUCCGCAAGAAUUUGCCCAUCCAUGAGGCCCUCAAGCGCGCAGAUGUUGUGCUUGUAAACAACAAGGCCUUCACCUCGCAGCUCAACGACGACUUGGUCCGUAUGUUUCUGGAUCUUAAAUCUGGUUGCAAGAUCGUGUCGCUCAAAUCCUUUGUUGCGGAAAAAAGCAACAACCACAAUAUUAACGACGUUGGCAGCACCAUCCUGGAGGUGGAAGAGUGCACAUACCCUGAGGGUUAUGUGAGUUGGACUAAUGCAGGAGGAUCGUACUUCAUUUCGACGCGCAAGUAG